CUGCAAUUGUACUACCUAACUAAAAUUAAGAAGGCAUAACCAAAAAAUACUAUGUGAUAAUGCCCUCUCUCUAUAUACCUUAGAAGUUAAGCAUUCAAGAAUUACCAUGUGUGAGGGCAAUCGAGGGGGGAAGCGAAAAUGAGAAGCUGCGCCGACAUCGGAGAGGUGAAGCAGCGGCAGCGCCGUAGAGACAUAUAAAAGCGUCUUUGUUUUUCUUUUAUAAUUUAUUACAAAAUGAUAUAAGAUUAUACAAACAAACACACAAAUUAAAAUAUUUAUGACCAAAUUCAGUUUCGUGAAUGAGAUUAGCUAGAAAAUGGAAAGUCACAUUGGAAACUGUGAUCUCUCGUAAUUCUAUGGAGUGACUAGAAUCCCAUCCUUUUGUUUCCUUCUAAUCUUGCUAAACACAGUCCCAAAUCAAGCUUUUAGAAAGAUGUCCAGCACAAGCAGCAGUUGGAACCAGAAACAACAGUCGCAAAAAAGAAGACAUCAAGGCCUUUUAGACGUCGUUCUCUCUUGGUCUUUGUCGGAUAUACUCAACAAAGAUCUCUACAAGUUUCAGGUGAAAGAACUUCCGUUGACGUUUUCAUCCACAACUCACUACAUGAAUUCAUUCAAAUAUCCGCUUCUUGAGGAAACACAUGCAGAUUUGCUCUCCGAAGUUGCCGGAAUCUCUCAGGCACCAUCAAGUUGUAUUUCUUCUCUCCAAAGAAUACCAACGGGAAACGACAGAGAGUUAUUAUAUCGCAUAAAGUUAACCGGGUCGGAUUAUGAGCCACAAGUUGGAGAUCUUAUUGCCCUGACAAAAGUUAAACCCAAAUGCGUCGCGGAUCUUGAUCGACCAAACAGCCGUUUCCUCAUCGCUUUUGUGUCAUCAUUGAUCGAUCAAAAACCGAUGACAAUACAAGUUUUGUCAUCAGACAUUAUCGAAUCCAAUACAGUUGAGGCAAGACGAUCAAAAGCUUUUGUUGUUUAUCUGACGAACUUGACUACAAAUAUGCGUAUUUGGAAAGCUCUUAAUUGGGAGGGCAACAUGAGUAUCGUUCAAAGAACAUUGUCGUCGAGCUGUGCUCCUGUUGCUACAAAUUGUAGUGAAAGUUGUCGAGCAGAAGGAAAGGGAGUUAUUGACUUAGAAUUAAGACCAGCAUUUGAUUCAUUUCAUCUUGAUAGUUCACAAGAAGCAGCUGUGAUAAGUUGUCUUGUUGCUAAUAGAUGUCGGCAUCAAAACUCCAUCAAAUUAAUUUGGGGUCCUCCAGGGACUGGAAAGACAAAGACGAUGGCUUCAUUAUUGUUCCUUUUGUUAAGGUCAAAACGCAGAACACUUACUUGUGCUCCAACCAAUAUUGCAGUGGUAGGAGUUGCAAAGAGGGUAUUGAGUUUAGUAAGUGAUCAUGAUUUGGGAUGCGAUACUUAUGGUUUAGGAGAUAUUGUUUUAUUUGGUAAUCAAGAACGAAUGAAGAUUAACGAUGAUGAUAACCAAGAGCUUCUUGAUGUGUUUCUUGACAACAGAAUUGAUGCUCUUUCAAACGGUUUAUCUCUAUGGAAAUUUUAUGUGACUGGUAUGAUUCAGUUUCUUGAAAAUCCCAUGAAAGAGUAUCGCCGCUUGAUUGUUUUUCCAAAACCGAGUAUAUUAAUCAAGACUAAAAGCAAGCUAGAGUCACAAGGGAACAAUGAAGAAAAGAAAAUGACUUUUGAGGAGUUUGCCAUGAACAGAUUUAAUGUUUUUGGAAAAAAGCUUAUUUCUUGUAUCAGAAGCUUGUAUACCCAUUUGCCUACCUCAGUGGUUUCGCUUGCUUACGCAAAGAAAUUGUAUCUAUCCAUUGAUAUCAUUGAGAUGGUUGGGGAGUCUGUGAACGAAAUAGUAACUAGUAACAAAAGCUUAAAGGAAGCCUUCAAUAAAAAAACAGUUUCAAGCUAUUCGAAGCUAAGCUUUCAUAAAGCUGAAUGUCUGCUUGCACUAAAAGAGCUUCUUGAUGCAUCUUUCAUUCCGAAACCUAUGGACAUGGAUCAACUUAAAAUUUUUUGCUUAGGUAGUGCUUGUUUGAUCUUCUGUACAGCCUCAAGCUCUAUCAAAUUGUGUACAAAUGCAAUGAAGCCAAUAGAUUUGGUUUUAAUUGAUGAAGCUGCACAGCUUAAAGAAUGUGAAUCUGCUAUUCCGUUGCAGCUUCGAGGUGUUCAAAAUGCUGUGCUUGUUGGGGACGAAAGGCAGCUGCCAUCGAUGGUUCAAAGCAAGAUUUGUGAGGAGGCAAAAUUUGGAAGGAGCUUAUUCGAGAGACUGGUUCAACUUGGACAUGGAAAACACCUUCUCAACAUUCAGUACAGGAUGGAUCCUUCAAUUAGCCAGUUUCCUAAUGCAGAGUUUUACGGUGGGGCGAUCUUGGAUGGUCCAAAUGUCACUAAUAAGUGUCGCGAAAAGAAUCUUUUGCGACAUGGUAUGUAUGGAUCAUACUUGUUCAUCGAUGUGGAUUCUGCAAAUGAAGAAUUUGACAAUAACCACAGCACAAAAAAUGUUGUGGAAGUCGCUGUGAUAGCUGAGAUUGUUGCGAAUCUUUUCAAAGAAUCUGUUGCCAACAAACAACCGGUAACCAUUGGCUGCAUCUCACCUUACAAGGCUCAAGUCAAUGCGAUUCAAGCAAAACUUGGCAAGAAGUAUAGUCAAAAGGAGAAUGGUUCAACUUUUACUGUGAAUGUAAGAUCUGUUGAUGGGUUUCAAGGUAGCGAAGAAGAUGUAAUCAUUUUCUCAACAGUGAGAUGUAACCAGAGAGGAAGUGUCGGGUUUCUUUCGAAUCGUCAAAGGGCAAAUGUAGCUUUAACCAGAGCCAGACAUUGCUUGUGGAUUGUGGGAAACAAAGAAACCAUGAUCAAGAGUGGUUCGGUAUGGACUGCUUUAGUUUCAGAUGCGGAAGACCGUGGGUGUGUUUAUAGUGCUAGCGAAAACAAGAACCUCGCUCAAGCCAUGGUGCAAGCCAUGGUUGAGUUAGGCCAAUUUGGUCUGUUGCUAAAAAAGGAAUCACUACUGUUUAAAGAGGCAAAAUGGAAGGUGAAUUUCGACAACACAUUUUUGGAAAGAAUGGAAAGGAUUCAGAGCCUUUAUAUUCGUAAGCAAGUUGUAUCACUUCUCGUUAAGCUUUCAGAUGGUUGGCGCCAACACCGGAAAUCCAAUAGGAACAAUUUUAAUGACACACCAGGGAUUUAUGACAUAUUAGAGACAUAUAAUCUCGAUGGACGUUUGUAUCUUGUUUGGAGCGUAGACAUUGUUUAUGAGAACUCACUUUGUGCUCAGGUUUUAAAGGUUUGGGACAUUUUGCCAUUGUCUCAGAUACAACAAUGUGCAAAAAGUUUGGAGCAAGUUUUUGGAAAUUAUACAUUGGAUAUGAUCAAACGAUGUCAAACAAAAUGUUCAGGAAGAAAUCAAGCUUUACCGAUAACUUGGCAUGAGGAUUUGGGAAAUGAUCUAAGUCGGGAUUUAGCAAGUCAAUUCGACAAAUUAUGUUUUAGUGCUGUUAGUUUGUAGGGGCUUAAGGUCAAGGGAUGGAAGUAAAAAGAUGAACCAAUGGUUGUUGAUAUGCAUAUGCUUUUGGAAGUGAUGUUGAAACAAAAUGUGGAUAGUUUUGUUUAUGUCAUUUUUUUAGGAAAAAGAAAAGGAAUUUUCUUCUCAACUUUACAUCUAUUGUGUAUGUGAAAUUUCAUUUGAUUUGCAUCUGAUUUUAAAGUACAAUGAACUUGACCAUUGGUUUCGAAAAUCCAUUUACAUUUGUGAACUUUCGUUUAUGUUCGCUCAUUUACAUUCGCUUAUGUUUGCUCAUUUA